AUGGAACAGAACAACUGGUCUUCCUCUUCUGAAUCAUACACCUACGUUGAUCCUCCAAAUUCGAAUCUCGUAUGCUGUAUAUGUCGUAUGCCUUUUGUAGAGCCUACCACUACAAGGACGUGCUCUCACACAUUUUGUCGCGGCUGUAUCAACCAAGCCCUGAAGACCUCGCCACAAUGUCCUAUUGAUAGAUCACCUCUCCAAGAUGACGAUUUGUUAGCUGCCAGUCCCAUCGUCAGACAUCUCGUGGAAGAGUUGGUUGUGGAAUGCCCUCAUCGUCCAGACGGAUGCGCUUUCACGUGUCAGAGACAGCUCCUCGCGUCUCACCUACAAGGCUCGUGUCCUUAUGUGCAUGUACCCUGCCCUCAUGGCGACUGUGAAGAGCCAGUCCUGAGAAAGGACGCGAAGAAGUACGCCUCUGCAUACCACGACGCAUCCUGUAUGGACCGUGUCAUUGCUUGCACACACGAAGACAAUGGCUGCCCGUGGACAGGCCCUCGUCGUUCUCUGCUGGACAAACAUAUUCCUGCCUGCCCCUACGAGGCAAUAAAGGGCUUCUUUGGACGCAAUAAUGACCGCAUCUCUGCAUUGAGCCAAGAGAACAUUCUGCUCAGGCAGAAACUUGAAGCAUCAGAUGGUAUGAUGCAAAUACUCAGACGCGAAUUGCGAGCUGUGAAGACGGCUCUCGGGCCAUGGUAUAGACCUGAUGGCUCUUACACAUUCUGGUCACAGGAUCUUCUCACCGAUGGUCUCUCUGACAGUCAUCUUACCGACGGUUCCGCAGACACGCCCGCCUUUCCAUACUAUCCAGCCGGACAGCCAUCAUCGCCCGGUUUCAAUCCUGCUCAUUCACAAUCUCCAACGUCACCCUUCGCCAACCUUGCCUUGUACUUCCCGCCUGCAUUCCCUUCGUCUAAUCCCUCCGACUCUAAUUCCGGCGCCAAUCCCUACCACCCCCAUCCCACCUCCGUCUCGGAUGCGCGUGCGGGCCCUUCGACAGCAAUGCCGAUUGCGCCUCUCAACUUGAGCACUUCUCUGACCGGGACGCUUGCAGGGCUGCAUUCCACCCUUUCCACCCUUGCAGCGUCACAUGACGCCCUCGCCCGUCUCACCGAGCUUGCACUGGCCACCGAGACGGCGCGCACAGCAGAGGAACUUGGUGCGCUUCGUGCAGUCGUCAAUGGCCUCCGCAUGCAUGUCCACGCGAUCAUGAUGGAUCGUAACGCCCUUUUUGCCGGCACCGAUGCCGGCAGCGCAACUUCGGGAACGGGAACGGGAGCGGGAGCGGGUAUGGGUGCCGCGGGCUGGCCCCCGCAAAGAUUCUACCCACACCCGUCGUCGGCGCCCGGCCUACCUCUUUCCGCACUGUCUUCGUCUCCUGCGUCAAUUACAAAGCUCUAG